AAAGAACUAGUGCUGACAAUCUAUGACCGUGACGGUGCGAAAUUUCGGUUUUCCAUCAUCAGACCUAAGCACGAUUUGUAACGGAAGCCAGGCAUUGGUGGGGGCUCCGGCCUCCCCCCAUCCUCUUCCCCACGGACGGGGAGGACUCACCGGAAUAGCAGGAUGCUCCAUAUUGCCCCAUCUGCAUAACGAUCCGUUUUAUUGUCCUCCUUUCGGUGGCAAUUAUUACAGGUCUCUUCCUGUUCCAAGGCGGCACACGCCUUAUUUUGGUCAACCAGAUUAUCGAAUCUAUGAACUUAAUAAAAGGCUGCAGCAGAGAACUGAGGUAGAUAGUGAUAACCUUUGGUGGGAUGCAUUUGCAACGGAAUUUUUCGAAGACGAUGCAUCUUUAACGUUAGCAUUUUGUUUAGAAGAUGGCCCAAAACGAUACACGAUUGGAAGGACGUUAAUUCCAAGGUAUUUUAGGAGUAUUUUUGAAGGUGGAGUGACUGAAUUGUAUUAUAAUAUGAAACACCCUAAGGAGUCCUUCCACAAUACUAGUAUUACUCUGGACUGUGAUCAGUGCACUAUGAUAACACAUCAUGGUAAACCUUUGUUUACCAAGGUGUGUACAGAGGGCCGCUUAAUUCUAGAAUUUACUUUCGAUGAUUUAAUGAGGAUAAAAUCAUGGCAUUUUGCUGUUCGAACACAUCGAGAAUUAAUCCCAAGAACGGUAGUUGGUAUGCAUUCCCAACAGGAUCCAAGCAUGUUGGACCAAUUAUCGAAAAACAUUACAAGGCAAGGCAUCACAAAUUCUACGCUUAAUUAUUUGAGGUUAUGUGUGAUAUUAGAACCUAUGCAGGAGCUUAUGUCUCGACAUAAGGCAUACGCGUUAAGUCCCAGGGACUGCCUGAAAACGACGUUAUUUCAGAAAUGGCAGAGGAUGGUUGCGCCGCCGGGUAAGAGAGAAUCUCAAAGGCCAGCAAACAAAAGGCGAAAAAGGAAAGGUUCCAACUCCGGAGGAGCAGCCAACAAUGCAGCUCCAGCACCAAACAAAAAAAGAUCUCCAGGGCCUAAUUUUUCCUUAGCGUCGCAGGAUGUGAUGGUUGUGGGUGAACCUUCAUUGAUGGGUGGAGAAUUCGGAGACGAAGACGAGCGACUAAUAACAAGGCUAGAAAACACCCAGUAUGACGCCGCAAAUUCCUUAGACCAUGAUAACCAUGGUUUUCAUGCUGACUCACCGAUGCCAGGAUCGAAUUCGUGGGGAGCGGGAGUGGGCGAUAGGGGCGGGCCGGGGGGCGUCGGCCCACCUCAGGGGAAUACCCCCUCCAACCAGGACUCUGAUAAAAAAUCCCCGGCAGUGAGCCAGUGAUAAUAGUUGUUCUUUAUUAAAAAAACUGUAGAAUCUCCGAGUCAGUAUUUUUAUUGUACUUCAAGUAUUUGAGUGGUUGGUUUUGAGAAAAUACAUUUUUGGAAAGAAGACAAGAAACGAUCAUGUUUUUAUUGAUUGAAAAACUAGUAAAAUUGAUCAUCUAAAUAAUUAAAAUUUUAUAGUUUAUAAAUGUUUUUACAUUCGAUAUUCUGAACGGAAUAAUCAACGAUAAAAAGAA